AUGAAUAAUCCAUAUAUACCAUUGAUUGAUCAUCGUGGCUUUUUUAGUAAAAAACGAAUGCAUUUACAACCAAUGUUACCAAUUCCUGUUACUUAUGCAUCAGCAGCUAUUCCGACAUUUGCACCAUUCGGUACUGAGUAUACACCUGGUCAUACAAUGAAAAUAAUUGGUGGUCGUUAUAUAUCCAUGCCUGAUUCAAUUGUUAAUGGAUCUAAAUAUCCGUCUGAAUUAUUAAUACAAAACAUGUAG